GCCGGCGGGAUGUGUGUGUUUGUGUGAGUGUGUGUGAGUGUGUGUGUCUCUCGGGUGCUUCACUCCGUAGUGUGUGAGUGAUCAUGGAGCGCGGCGGGUCACAAGAGGAGCAGCGGACCUCAUGAAGUUGUUGUCGGUGUCUGGAGACCUGCUGCCCGGCUGCUGCGACCCGAGGCUCCGGCUCCUGUCCCCCGGAGGGUGGAGAACUUCCUGAAAAUACCGUGAAGUGUUCUGGUUCCCCCGGAGAGUUCUGGUUCCCUGGAGAGUUGUGGUUAUUCCGGAGAGUUCUGGUUCUCCCGGAGUGUUCUGGUUCUCCUGGAGAGUUCUGGUUCCCUGGAGUCUCCUGGUUCCCUGGAGAGUUCUGGUUCCCCUGGAGUCUUCCUGGUUCUCUGGGAACAUCUGGUUCUGGUUCUCCUGGGAACUUCUGGUUCUGGUUCCCCUGGAGUCUCCUGGUUCUCUGGGAACAUCUGGUUCCGGUUCCCCUGGACUCCUGGUUCUCUGGAGAGUUCCGGUUCCCUGGAUAGUUCUGGUUCUGCUGGAGUCUUCUGGUUCUGGUUCCCUGGACUCUCCUGGUCCCCGGGGAACUUCCGGUUCCGGUCAUGGCUCUGUCCCAGCUCCAGUGUCUGGACGAGCAGCACGUGAACCUGCGGGUGCACGAGGCCAAGGUGAACUUCCUGUACUGUGAGGACCAGCGUCUCGCGCUGGAGGCUCUGCUGCAGGACGGGCGCGAGGCGCUGGGCGCGCUGCAGCGGGCGCGUGGCCUGCGCGGCUUCCUGUCCGACCCGGAGAUGGAGGCUCUGUCCGCGGGGGUCCAGCCCUACGACCCGGGGGCGGAGCUGCUCCCCGGGGACCCGGAGGACGGAGACCCCCCGCUGUCCCUGCAGUACUGGCCCGAGCUGUCCGACACCUCCGUGCCGCAGAUGGACCUGGGCUGGCCCGAGGCCGCCUCGUACCGGGGGGUGACGCGCGCCACCGUGUACGCGCAGCCCCCCAUGGAGGGUCAGACUCACAUCAAAGAGGUCGUGAGGAAGAUGAUCGCGCAGGCGCAGAAGGUGAUCGCAGUGGUGAUGGAUGUCUUCACUGACGUCGACAUCUUCAGAGAUUUGCUUGACGCUGGUUUCAAGAGGAGGGUUUCUGUCUACAUCCUGUUGGAGCGCACCAGUCUACCUCAUUUCCUGUCCAUGUGUCAGAGGGCCAACAUGCACGCGGGGCAACUCAAGCACCUUCGUGUUCGCUGCUCAGAAGGAACAGAGUUCUGCACUCGGUCAUGCUCUAGGGUCAAAGGGCAACUGGGACACAGAUUUAUGUUCAUCGACGGAGACAAAGCUUUGUCGGGGUCGUACAGUUUCACCUGGAUGUCAUCGCGGCUGGACAGGAACCUCGUCACCGUGGUAACGGGCCAGGCAGUGGACUCCUUCGACACGCUGUUCCGCUUCCUCUACGCGACCUCCAGCUCAGUUGACCUCCGGCCGGUUGCCACGGACCCGGAACUGGAGCCCGAGCCCAUCCGACAGCCGGCCCCAGUCGCCCCUCCGUCUGCUGCUGAUUUAAGGAAAAUGUACAACCCUAAAUAUGCCGUGCUCAUGGCAGGGAACCCCACUAUGAACCCGCCCACUGGUCCCAAAGAGCCCCAAAAAUCUGAGAACCCUGAAGUCCCAGGAAGUAAGAAGAGGGGGCAGCGGAAGAUCAGUAAAGAGGCUUCACAGGAGGCUCCUCCCCUCCAUCCUGGACUUUCCCAUUUAGAGAAGGCGAACUUGAUCUCAUACAUACCGACCUGGCCAGAGCCGGACCCCGCUAGUGAUGUGAUUGGAUUCAUUAACGUCCGGGACAGCAGCAAACCAAUUCAGGUCCAUCUGCAGCGAACCGAGAGGUUUGAAACCAGCCAAGCAGUCCGGUUCAGCAGUCCGUUCAGCAUGCCCAAGGAAAUCCUGCCAGAGGUGGCCCAGCUCAGACAGUCGACUCCUAAUCAAGAGGAGACACACAAGGCGACACAAAAUAAAGCAAACGCUGAAGAGUGUGUGGUGGACGGUAAUCAGGCAACACGACCCAGUGCAGCACCUGAAGAGAAAUCACCCACAUCGGGGCCGAAGUCGGAACCUGUCAAAGACACAAAUCAGGCUCUCGACACAGUAAGUGAACUGCAUUCAAACACACCCACCAACCGAGGUACGGGUCACAACACCACACCUCACCUCAGUGCACACACACCCUCUGCAUCCAGCAGCAACACAUCCCCUCCCAACACUGGCAGGAGUUCACACAGUGCACAAACUUUAACGACAAGCAGUCCCGAGCCGCGGUCCCUCCCUGGAUCCAACGCUGAGCAAGGAGCAGAAACGAGUUUAAACAAACAGAGCGCAGCUGUGCAAGGGACACACACCCUGCAGUUGGGUGACUCUGAACAACACACACAAACAAAGACAGAGGUGUUACAGGCGGAUUCCCACGCGCAGCCACACAACUCCUCUGAAACACCUAACGUCCAGACUUCCACCUCCUCUGCUUCUCCUCCACCUGUCACUUCCACCUCCCUCUCUAAAGAACUCCACACGGCCUCUACUGCAGUGCACACAAGGACAGCUACCAGUGUUUGUAUUUCUGUUCCCUCCAUUCCCCCUCCUAUCUCUUCUUCCACAACUCUACAGCCUCCCCUCCCUGCGUCCUCUGCCCCCCCUCCUUCGUCCCCGGCUGCACCCAUCCCUAAACCUCGCACUGUCCAUCUGGUUAUCAAUAGCGGUCGCACCAUUGACGGCCAUGAGCAGCCAGAGAUCAGUGUUGUCAGUAGACCGGGGACCCCGGUCAGGAAAUCCGAAAAAGAAACGCCGCCACAAGGAAAAGAGCCGGAGAGCGUCCAGCAACCGCAGAACAACAGUGGAAGCAAAACAGGAGCUGGAGAAAAGGCUGGGAACAUCCAAAGUAUAAAAGGAAAUCCCAAAGAAGCUCCACAACAGAAGCAGAAUGCCACUUCCCAGGAGACGAAGGAUGCCGUAACAGAUGGACCACACGGUGACAGAGAAGCAACACAAUCAUCCUCCGAAGCCAAACAUCGAGUUCAGUCCGACGGUUCGACUGCUGAUGCACCGAAGGUACCGAGUGUAAAUAUUCAAGAAAUAACUCCGAAAGAAGUUGAGCCCGAGAGUUUGACGCCAUCAGGAAGCAAAAUCCCCCCGAAGAAGGAGAGUGGACGUGCAGCCGCAGAACAGACCGACACCAAGGCCCCAGAGAAAACCUCAGAUUUCACCGAAGUGCCGAAUGACAAAGGUGAAAAUGUGGUACAGGGCAGAAAAUACCUCGCAAGAGCACAUGAACCUCAGAGAAUAUUAUACUGUGAAGUGAACGCGCCUGAAUCUGCCGCGAUUAACGCACAUGUACCCAAAGACAGUCAGCAAGGUAGAAGCCCGGGUGUCGCAGCAGCAAACCACAUACACAUUAAACCACAACAGAACACACACAUCAGUAUUACCGCCCUAGAAUCCCAGCUGACCCCCAGAGCACAGGGAGGGUCACACACCAACACACAAGUGACAGCUGAGCGAGAGUUGCUCCCAAUUAUUUCUCCCGUACGCACGCCAACUCCGGACGGAUCUCUUCCGCGCACGCCCACCCCGGACUCCAGAACGCACACUCCAGACCCCCGGGCGUACACACCAGACUCUCAGACCCCCACGCCCGACGGGUACAUGUCCCCGAGGGACGACUCCAACCUCUCCACCACAUCGGACGAGUAUUACGAGUGUAGCAGUUCUCCUCUACACGACCCAGUGUUCGAGCGAGCGGGUUUCCACAACCACGGGACGACAGCGGAUCCCGAUAGCUCCACCCUCUCAAAUGGACCGACGUGUACUGCUGCUAGUCCAGUGCACGUGAAUAAUACGACUUGGGCGGAGAAUGACGCCGACAAAAAUGAAAAGAUGAUCAAACUCAGUGUUACAGAGAGACCAGACGAGGAGCAGGUGGAGGACGACGCAGCACUGAGACCCAGCGGGGGGGACGGGAGAGACAGACCUCAAUCACCCAGAGAGGCUGAGAGACAGAAGUCUCCGAGACCACAGCAGCAGGAUGGAGGUCCUUCUCCUCACAGACCACCCAGACCUCCACCAGUGGGUGCUGUCGGUUCUGCGACUGGGCGGAAGCAGGUGGAGGUUCCCAACAUCGAGAGCAGGAUGAGGACCGGACAGUUGCAGAAGCAGCUUCCCAACCCAAGAGCCCCGGCCCCUGGUGUCAACACGCACUGGAACACGCAGUCCCAUCUCCGUCCUCACUCUCAGAACCAGGAGGAGUCUGUGCAAGGAGCCCUCAGGCAGGAGGAAGGAAAGGCUCCGUUUACCCUCACCUUGAGCAAGAUGUACAACUUGACGGGACUGAAGGACAACAUGAGCAAGCUGCCCGCUCAGGGCAGGGGAGGCAGCGGCGGCCGUAAGAGCACCUACUAGUCUGGUCAUCUUCCGGAGAGAAAAGACAUCCGGCCUGGAAAUGUAAAACUAUAAAAACUGACCCCCAUAUGUUCAAGAAGAAGCUUUACAAAGUCAGGACUUGACACAGUAAACACACAAUGAAAGAAAUUGCCAAAAGAACAGUUUUCUGUCCUGUGGAGAUUUGGCUCUGCAUCAUGUCUUUGCUCUCGGCUUCUGCUGACUGAGUGACUGACUCAACUCUGAACUCUGACCCCUGACCUGUGGGUUUAACCUGCUCUUGUCCUGCUUGUUUGAUGGAGAACACAUUUUAAAGGGACAAUGUGUAAGAAUGGGGUCGACUGUCGAAUCCUGAUGCUGCGUUCACACUGAACACGAUGCAAAUAUUCCACGUAUCGAGAUUACAUACACAGUCAAUGAAAAUCCACGGUUGGACGCGUUAUGCAAUGAUGGAGCAGAACAGCUGAAUAAUCAGUUUUUAUUGGUUCCUGAUGAACCCAAUAAACUCAAAUGAUCCCGUGGUGUGAGUUGCUCGUUUAGGGCUCCACAAAAAUGUGUCUCUCGUUAGCUUUGAACGCACCUUUACUCCAAACAACAAGAUGGCAGCCUUUUACCAGCAAAAUGCACUUUUGGUUUCCUCCUCUCUUCUUUUCCCUUUCGUCGGGCUGCCCCCUGGACCUUUUGUGCACAUCUCACUGUGCACCUCUCAUUCCUUAUCUGCCACAUUAGUACCUGCUGCAUGCAUGCUUUGUGACUGGGCUCACUAUCACCUCUUGAGGUACAAAGUUAUAUUGCGAGAGAGAGAGAGAUACUUGCUGUUUAGCCACACGCUCACGUCGACAACAGGAUGUCUACUGCACAUGUUCCUGGAGUAUUCCACUAGAGGGCGCACCACAAAACUAAGACUGUGGUACUUCCAAAUUUACAGUUGUAUGCACCAAACGGACACAGGGUACGCGAGGCAGCCAUGACGUGCGCGUGUGGUUAAAGGCAGAUUAUCUCCAUCCUUACACUGUGUGAACACAUAGAAAACAAGUUUAUGUUGUGUUUAUUUAUGCUGAAUGACCCACAUUUGUAUCAUAACAAAUCGAAAUCUGCAUCUGUAUAUUAAAAGUUUAACAUUCUUUAUUUGAGGGUUAAAAGUGCCCAUGGAAAAA